AUCCGACAUGGAGCGUCGCGAUGGCGCCGGCGGGAGCGUCGAGAGGGAGGCUUCCCAUGGGAGCGGGGUCGAGGCACGGACGUCGGGGGGCAAGCCACGGAGGUCGAAGAAGGUCACACGCCCAGAGAGAGGACCUCGGCCUGAGCCGCAUCCGGCCGUGCCGGGCCGGGUUCCCGGCAUCCUUCCGGCGUCGGUGACGAUCGAGAAGGACUUGUCGGACCUCGUGGAGGCGGGCUACUUCCUCAAGGGCCUUGCCUCGCUUCCUGACGAGGGUGAGCUUUGACUGGAGCCGCAGAGGCAUCGAGGGCACAUUGUCGUGUUCACCAGCUAGUUUCACGCCAGACUGUGCCUUCCUGUCCACUCGUUCCUGCUGGAGUUCCUUGAUACCUAUGGUAUCGAGUUGGCACAGUUGCUUCCUUCGGCGAUCCUGCGUCUGAACGUGUUCAGAUGGCUUUGUGAGACCGCCUUGCGGGAGCCUCCGACCAUGAGGUUGUUUUUGCUGUCGUUCACCAUCCACGUGGAGGAGCGUCGCACCCCUGACGAGAGUACUUGGAGUGCUUUUGGGUCGGUUGCCGUGAGGCUCCGUCCUGGCUUCCAUAAUGAGUUCCCCCUGAUGCCGGCGAAGAGCGCGGUGCGUCUGUUCGACGGGUGGGACUCGUAGUGGUUCUUCCUCGACGUUUUGGAGACGAGCUUGCGUCACUCCGGUAGGCUCCCUCGACACUCUGGGCCUGGGGGGCUUCAGGAUGUCGUCCGUCCCAUGGGCACGUCAUUGGUCGAGGAGUGGGAGCUUGCCGGGAUCAAGUCGCCUCAUUCGGAGCGUAGCUUCCGUGACCUUCUCAAGGAUAUGGUGGGCAGGCCGCUUCAUGAUGAGGGCACGGCCACAGGCGGAGUUGGGGAUCCCCUUGGCCUUUCGUCACCCACGCCGUGCGGCUAAGCAUGAGUUUCGUGACACUUGAGUAGUUGCUUCAAGUAUUUUUGUUUGCUUGACACUAACCCUGGUUAGUGCUUGUGCUUGUUUUUCAGCGGCUUUCUCCCGAGAGAAGGCGACCGAGUGGGCUUCCCAGAUGGUUGGACCGUACAACUCGGUGGCGGCAUGCUUCGACGACUCGGUACCGAUGCGCAUUGGGCCUACGUCGAUACCAUCAGCGAGGGAGGAUGCCACAACGUCGUGGCGGCGUGUUUCGACGACUCGGUACCGAUGCGCCCGGAUCCCAAGUUCGGGAAGCUCAUCAAGGCCGGCGAGCGGUACUCUCGUCUUCGACUCCGUCGAUGAUCGCCGUUGGUUCUCACCUUAGAGAUGCUUGCGGGAAGGUGAAGCCUCAUGUUGUGCUUGGGUUGGGUGUGCCGGCGGCCCCAAUGCUCAAGAUCCCUCGUCCUUCGAGUUCACGCAAGAGGAAGGCUCCUUCUCCUGACCUAGCCAACGUGGCUGAGUCGAGGUCUCCCUUGAGAGAGUUCAUGGACAUGCACCUAGCCGGGAAGAUCGACAUUGAGAAGAUCCUGCCUCCGUCGCCUCACGAGCGUGCGGUUUUUGCCCAGAGGACCGGGCUUUAGCUCGUGGUGGAUACCUCCUUGGAAGCCAGCGGCGCGGGUGUCCCGAUGUUCUCUUUGGCUCGUGGGCCUGUCGAGGGGGAGCUUCUUGCCACCGAUACGGGGCCUGCGGCUCCUGAUGCUCCCGAGGUUGAGCCCCCGAUUCCGGAGGAGGGAGAGGUGUUUCCGAAGACCGAGGGAGGAGUGAGAGACCCGCUCGAGGCGUUGGAGCUUGUGAGAGGCUUGGUCGAGGCCGUGGGCACUCUUCCCGCUCUCAAGGCUCAGGAUGGGGGGCUUUCGGUGGCCUUGGACGUCGAGACCUCGAAGGCCACCCUUGCCCUGAGUGAGUUGGCUUCGGAGAGGGCGCCACGGGAGGCCGUCGAGACAGAGCUUUCUCGGGUGUCGGCGGAGCUUGCGGCCAUGGAGGCGAGGGCUCACCUUGCCGAGGAGGGCCAGAAGGAUGCGAUCGCAAAGACCUGUCGUGCUGAGGAGGACUUGGUGGUGGCCAGCCUCAACGUGGAGCACGCUCGAGCAGAGGUUGCCUCCCUCAAGGCGGAGUCGGAGGACGCCGGGUUCGGACCGGUGUUCGCUCCUCGUGCUCGCGUCCCCUCGGACAGCCGUCCGGAGGUGGUCUCGCACCUGCUCACCCAGGCUUCGGAGAUUUGAGAGAUGAUACUCUAUUUGAAGAGGCGAGUAGGUUGCUUACUUCACAGGUGGAGCUCCUUGAGCCCGCCGUGAAGAGGUGCCUUCUGAGUACGGGUGCUCGACUUGUUUCGUCGGCAGUCGUGGCUGUCCUGGACGGCGGUGCCGGGAUGAGUGGACUUGAGGGUGAGAUGACUCACGGGGUGAAGAAGUUUCUGGCGGACCAGGGAGCUCCUCUUCGCGCUCUGGCUCGACGCUUCGUGCGUUGCCUUGAGCCCGCUCUUCAGGAGAGCGACGGUGAGGCUUGAGUCUUGUUGCCUUUCGAGGCGACAAGGUACCCCAGCUACUUACUUAUGCGAUGUUGCAUAUCCACUUAUGACAUAGCCUCAUGACUUGCAUGUUCUAGGCUUAGACAUAGAGGUUGUAAGGCAGCAUUUUUGAUGUGUUUCAUGCUUUGCUAUGUAGUCAACAUUGUCGAAAAUGUCAACUUAUCUCGGCAUGUAUUUUCUUAUGUUUUCACCAUGUAGUCAACAUUAUCGGAAAUGUUAGCUUGGCUCAA